UCUUUCUUUUUCAUUAAAACCUUUUUACUUAUUAUCCACAUCUGACUCCCCGUUUUUAUUGAAUUUCCACCACAGUAAUCAAUAUUUUUCCACCGCAUUUAAUACAUUGUACAAGGAGACGUCAACCGAACAUGAACAUCUGCAGACAGAUUUCUUCUUGGAACAAGAAGAAGAGACAACAGGUGGGAGUAGCUGUUCUGUUUGUCAUGGGCGCUUUGUGUUUGGUUAUAAUACUGGGACCAAAUCUGCAGGACAGCAAUGAGGAAAACACUGGAGAACUGUAUCAGGAAACUGAAUUUAUGUCAGCAGAGCCCCUUCAGACAACAGAACCUCCUAUCAAAUGUGAAAGAAAUUUUUCUGCUUCCAAAGUCACAGGAUUUUCCGGCCUGCCACUUCACAUCCAAGACUUCCUGUUUUACCGCCAUUGCCGUUAUUUCCCAAUGCUGCUGAACGUUCCCAAUAAGUGUGGUGGUCCCCAGAAUUCUGCACACGUGUUUCUUCUGCUGGUCAUCAAAAGCUCUCCGGCGAACUACGAGCGACGGGAGGUCCUGCGUAAAACGUGGGCAGCAGAGAGGAUGCAGUAUGGCAAACAGAUUCGCACGGUGUUCUUGUCUGGGACCAGUGGAGAUGGCUACCAUAAGAUGAGGCUGAACAAACUCCUGUGGCUGGAGAACCGUGAACACCAAGACAUUCUGCAGUGGGACUUCAAGGAUUCCUUCUACAACCUCACCCUGAAACAGGUCCUGUUCAUGGAGUGGCUGGAGAGAUGGUGUCCCAAUGCACACUUCCUCCUCAACGGAGAUGAUGACAUUUUCGCUAACACAGAUAACAUGGUGGAGUAUCUGAAAGGGCAGAGCAACGGGGAUGGAAACAAACACCUCUUUGUUGGAAGCUUGGCCUUUUAUUUGGGUCCCAUUCGAACCAGAGGCAGUAAAUAUUACGUCCCAGUCCAAGUGCAUGAGUCAGACCGCUAUCCUCCCUAUUGUGGUGGAUGUGGAUUUUUGCUCUCGCGAUUCACUGCCAGGGCUAUCCACAAUAUGUCCCAGUCCAUCACCAUGAUACCCAUUGAUGAUGUUUACAUAGGCAUGUGUCUGGAAAAGGCUGGUCUCAAACCUGAGUCACAUAUGGGUGUGAGGACUUAUCUCCUGAGUGUUCCCUCUCAGAAGAUAGACUCACUUGACCCAUGCCACUAUCGUGACAUUCUCCUGGUCCACAGAUUCCACCCUUAUGAGACUUUUCUCAUGUGGCAUGAAAUCCAUCAGGAUGAUUUGAAAUGUUGAAAGACUUAAAGUAUUACUGCAACAUAAAGGGUGGGAUGAAUUUAAGAGUAAAGAGUAAAUAUUGUAUAUUUUUGUUAAUUGUUUAUUUUUUUGUAAUUACAGUUACUCCUUGUACUCAUGUUUGUACACACACACACACACACACACACACACACACACGCUCCAUUUUAUGAACCUUUUUGUAACGUUUGUAACGCUGCAGGGCGCUGAACAGGACGCACAGACUCCCUCGACAUUGUGAAACAUUUAAUGAUACAACAUGUAACAGAUAAUGGUGGCACUCACAUAACAUCAGCAAUGAACAUAGACCCACUUAACACUGAUGAUAAAUAUAUAACAAACGCAGGCUAGACAAAUACGGGCACUAACAUAUUUUCUAACUAACAAACAAUGAACAACAGUGAGGGGCGCGCGGACAGGGGUUUAAAUAGCCUAACGAACAUUAAUGCUUAACCCCGUACAGGUGCGUACCCUCACGGGGGUGUGCCCACAAACAAGAGUGAACCCCCCCUGCACGCGGCAGGCCGUACCACGUGACUUGUGUGGUGGGGGGACAGCUUCCCGUGACACUAUUAUUCUGUUGGAACGGUUUUAGCAAAGAACAUACAUGGGGAAUAGGGAGCUGGUGUCCCUUUCCAAUCUUUUGAAUACAGAAUACACAUAACCGAUAGCAAAGCUUAAUUACAUAUUUAUAACAACACAUUUUAGAUGGUAUGGUUUAGAUGCAGAGAAAUUGUGUUUGGGGCUUUUCCUGAGGUCGUUCCAAUCCAGGGUCAAAACGGUAAGGCUGAGUCCAGGAGGUAUUCAAGGAAUAGGCUGAAGAUCUGGAAGGCAAGCACAGCUCGGUACACAGGGCAUCAGGUGCUGUUUCUGUAAACCAUGUGAAAACAUGUUUGAAAUGUCUAAACAUACAUUAAAGCUAAAAAAGUUGAAGGGGGGCAGUUAAAGAUAAGAGAGAGGGCCAUGAUUGGAGGUUGGAACUUUUUCAGGAGAUAAGAAUAAGGAUAAAAGAUGACCAGGUGAAUAAGGUUUUAGAUGUUCUUGAGGUUACUCAUUUAUUGUAUACCUUAUUGGUUUCAAUAAAGUUCUUUAUCUGUUUAUCUUUACAAUCCUGGAUGCUGACUGUCAUUGCCUGCUGAGAGCUUUGAGUCAACACUUUCUGUCCAGAUUCA